UCAAGCUGCUGCACUGAGGCUUUGUGAAGAAUUAGUUGGGAUCUGGGCUGGAGUGCCCGGAGUUGGGGAAAAUGGAGAGAAGAUAUUUGUUUGCUUGAUUCCACAUGACAACUCCAGGAGUGUCUUUCAUCCAAAGCACUUCCCCCCCAGUGCCUGCAGCAUGGCAAGGUGUCUGCAAGGUCGGGGCCAAGAAAUCCCUGCAAUGUUCCCCAGCUUUAUUCCUCCUGUUAAACUGAUGGCUGGUCCAGAGGAUUGUUCCCAGCCUGUCCUCAUCUGAGCUGCUCCUGCACAUGGUGUGUGCAGAGGGCUGGCAGCCUCCUGGGCAGCAGACACAGCCAUGCACCAGCUCUUUGGGAUGGUUCUGGCCCAAAAGGACCUCUCCCGUGCAGGGGAUCUGUUCUCCUUAGAGGAUGCUGAAAUCGAAGGAAGCCUCUCAGAAGCUCUUGAGCAAAUAAGAAUAAUCAGUUCAGCUGCAGACUACCAGACCAAUGACAACGACCAGGCUGUGGUGGAGAUCUGCAUCACCCGUAUCACCACUGCCAUCAGAGAGACAGCAUCCAUUGAAAAGCAUGGCCAGGCCCUGGUGGCUCUCUGGGAAUCCUGUCUGGAGCACAACCUGAAGCCUUCUGGAAAAGAUGAGGACACCCCCCAUGCAAAAAUUGCAUCUGACAUCAUGAGCUGCAUCCUGCAGAAUUACAACCGCCCUCCAGUGAUGGCUUUGGCUGUCCCAGUGGCAGUGAAAUUCCUCCAGAGGGGCAACAAGGAGCUGUGCAGAAACAUGUCCAGUUACCUCUCCCUGGCUGCCAUUGCUGAAGCAGACCUGCUGGCUGCUCACACAGACAGCAUUGUCACAAGUGUCCUGCAAGGGAACUGGAUGCUGCUGCGUGUCCUGCCUGCUCUGUAUGAGAAGCAACCCCAGCCCAUCACCCUCCACCUCAGGGACUUGGUGGCCCUGAUGGCUCAGCUGGAGCAAACUGAACAACACCACCUCCUCCAGCUCUUCCAGAUGGUGGCCAGGAAAAGGAACUGGGGGGUGCUGCAAGAGUGUGUUCCAGUUUUGCUUGGCCACCUGAGAGACCCUGCCCACAGUGACAUUAUCCUGAACAUACUUCUAGAAAUAUCCAGCUAUGAACCCUCAGCCUUAGCCACCUCUCUGCCCCAGCUGAAAGCCAUUGGUGAGACUUCUCCCAGUCUGAUUGGGCAAACAGCAAAGAUCUUUGGAGCUGUUGGGCAUAUUGAUGAGGAGAGGGCCAGGACAUGCCUGCUGUAUUUGGUGAACCAGCUGGCCAACAUGGAGCACUCGUUUCACCACAUCCUGCUGCUGGAAAUUAAGAGCCUGACUGACACCUUCUCCAGCAUCCUGGGCCCCCAGAGCAGAGAGAUCUAUCGGAUGAGCAACAGCUUCACUGCCAUAGCCAAGCUCCUCAUCCAGCAGCUGGAGAACAGCAGCAGGGCAGGAGCCAGGGUGGAAAAUGAUACGGGACCAGAAUCAGCCAUCCCACUGGAUGAUUUAAAAGCUGUCGUGAGUGGGAAGGAAGAAGAUGAUAAGCUUCAAGUGAAAAUACAGGCUUUUGAGGAGAAAAUAAAUGUUGACAACAGUACGCCUGGCUCCGUGAGGAGAUACAGUUUAGGGCAGGUUUCUAAAGAAGAGAGGAAGGAUAUGAGGUUUAACAGGUCCAAAAGCCUGGCUCUGCACGCUGUCCGCAUGAAGGGGCUCAGCCCAGAGAGUGGGCAGGAGGAGGAGAGUGGGGAGAUGGCUGCUGGCAUCUCCUUCACUGACAUCUUCAGCAGCCCAGAAAAUGACAGGUUGCCUCUGGCUGAAGCCACCCAGCUGGGAAAUGCUUUAGGAUCCCAGCAAAGUCUCCAGGACACAGAAUCACCUAAAGAAAAGCCCCUGGAAGGGAGUGCAGAGGCAGCCAGGAGCCCUGUGGAAUACCAGGACAAGCUCUACCUGCACUUAAAGGAAAACCUGGGCAGAGUGAAAUCCUAUGUGACAGAGCUGGGGAAGAGGAUUCCCAUCCCUGAUCAGUGUGUCAUUGAAGAUACUGUUAGAAGCUGUGUAGCAAAGCUGUUCUUCAGCUGUCCCUUGAAGGGCCACUACUGCCUGUACAGUAAAUCCAGCUUUACCCUCAUCAGCCAGCAGCCUCCCCUCUGGAUCCACAUCAUGUUCCUCUUCCAGCAGAGCUUGUUUGCAGAACCUCUGUCCAUAGAGAGUAACUCUGUGCAGGUCCUUAAGGCCCUGUGGGAGAAGACCCAGCUCAAGGGGACACACAGUUUUGAAACAGCCAUGAUCCAGUCUACAUUUCCACACCAAAAGGACCUGGACCACGUGCAGAUGCACCUGGAAGAAGUGAGGUUCUUUGAUUUGUUUGGCUACAGUGAGGAAGCAGGGACUUGGCAGUGCUUCAUGUGCAACAACCCUGAGAAGGCCACAGGUGUCAAUGAGGAUGGGCAGCCCCUGAUGGAAGGGAAGCUGAAGGAGAAGCAAGUGAGGUGGAAGUUCAUCAAGAGGUGGAAGACUCGGUACUUCACCCUGGCUGGCAACCAGCUGCUCUUCAGGAAAGGGAAAUCUAAGGAUGACCCCGAGGAGUGUCCCAUCGAGCUCAGCAAGGUGCAGAGUGUCAGAGUGGUGGCAAAGAAGCGGAGGGACCGCAGCCUGCCCAGGGCCUUCGAGAUCUUCACAGCCACCAAGAGCUACGUGCUGAAGGCCAGGGAUGAGAAGAAGGCUGAGGAGUGGCUCCAGUGCCUCAACGUCGCCGUGGCCCGAGCCAGGGAGCGGGAGAGCCAGGAGGCCACCACCUCCCUGUAAGGCUGCAGAGCCACCCCCCAGCCUCAGCCCUUCCCUGCCGGGAAGGAUCCCACCCCCAGGAUCCAGAGAUCCAGCACUUUUGGCCUUCCAAACGGGAGGAUGUGGGGGGAAGCUCUGUGGGAGGCCGGAGGUGCCAGGGGAUGGAGGGCUCAGCACCCCCUGCACUGGGGCAUCCCACGGACACCCCUGAAACAGGAGGGGUUUGAAGUCAGGGUGAGGGGUGUGGGGCAGGAGAUGGGGUCAGAAACCAACCCUAAAGCCCAAGCCCUCAGCCCCUGCUCCCAGGACACCCCAGGGCUGGGGGGGCUGCAGACACUGCCCGGAGCAGCCAGGGGUGGAAGGACUUUCUGCUUCCCUCACUCCCUUGGUAAAAAGAUUCUUUUCCAUCCUAUUUAAUCUCAUGCUUUGUCUUCUGACUGGUGCCACGUGUCUGGGGAAGAAAAAAAUCAGACUUGCUGCUUCCUUCAGGUCUGAGACGGAGCAAUUUUAAAGAGUUAAUACUGCUGAAAAAAAGAACUUUAAAUAUUUAACUGCUUUGAUUUUCCCUCUUAUUCCUGCUUCUUCUCCCCUUCCUAACUGAAGGGCAUUUUUAAAAUGACUUUCCCUCUUCUGUCUCCUCCACUCUGUAACUUUUCACAGUUUCUCCCAAACUAGAAAAUCCCCAGUUUGCUUGACUUUUCACAUUCCCCCCCCAUGAGGUGCAGGUCUGAGUGCUUGGAUAUGGGGCACAGUCAGCUCUGCUUCUCCUGCUGCCUCCAGACUUUGUCACCAGAGCGUGGCUGUCACCAGCCCCUGCCACCCCUUCAGUCUCAGGGUGAUGGAGACAACCUGGGAUGCUCAGUGGUGGAGUUAGAGAGACCCCCGUGUCCCCUGCCAAGAAAUCAUUGCAGACAAUAAGCAGCUUGGCCACGUGUCUCCUGCCUGACAUUAAAAGCUGGAGGAAAAUAAAAGAGAAAUGCUCCUCAUCCCUCCUGAAAGGAGAAACACAGAAACCUAACAUCUGAUUACAGGGAGAGUGGGGAGAUUUAUAAGAAAGAAAUACACAAAAAAAAGCUAAAAAUCCCACUGUCACAGAUUUUCCUUGUGAGCAAACACAGAAGUAGCUUUUAGUGGUUCUUUUUAAGACUCUGGGUAUUGGAACACCUGAGAGUGAAGCAGCUGCCACCCCCUGAAUCAGGAACGUGUUGGGAACUCCUGUGCUGCAUUUCCUUGGGUUGUUCCUUGCUGGAAUCCUCUCAGCCCCAAGGGCCUGGAGUGAUGGGACAAGGAGGGGUGGCUUGAAACUGGGAGAGAUUUAGAUGAGGUCUUGGGAAGAAAUUCUUUAAUUUGAGGGUGCUGAGCCCCUGGGUUUCCCAGAGAAGC